AUGAUCAAAGAAGACAACGCAUACGCAGACGAUACUGACCAGAAUACCAUGAGGGACGAGAGAAUGACUGGCAAGGCGAGCGCACGGAGUAACAGGACCGUCGAGGAGAACAUCGCCAUUUUUGAAGGGAUGAUUACUGGAACACAGGUAGAGAAUUGCAUUCGCGCAAAGAUAUCUAUAGACAAUCCAAACAAGGCGACGCGGGAUCCGGUCAUUUACCGCUGCAAUCAUACACCUCAUAACCGCACUGGUACUUUGUGGAAGGCAUAUCCAACCUACGAUUUUGCUUGCCCUCUCGUCGACUCUCCCGAAGGCGUAACCCAUGCACUCAGAACCACCGAGUUUGCCGACCGUAACCCACAAUAUCAGUGGUUUAUAGAUUGCUUCAACCUUCGUAGAGUGCAUAUAUGGGAUUUCGCUCGCUUGGACUUCAAGCGAACAUUCUUGUCGAAGCGGAAGUUGACCAAGUUAGUAGAUGCCGGUAGAGUGUCAGGGUGGGACGACCCUCGUAUGCCGACGAUUCGCGGUGUUCUGAGAAGAGGGAUAACCAUCGCAGCACUACGGGAUUUUAUUCUGAAGCAAGGUCCUAGUCGAAACGUCACUCUCAUGGAUUGGCCAAUCUUCUGGAAUAUUAACAAGAAGGAAAUCGACUCAAUUGCUCCUCGACAUACUGCUGUUGACCAACAAAAGACUGUCAUAGCUACAAUUAUCAAACGAGGUCCGGAGAAAGCAUAUACGGAAGAGAGGCCAAGACACAACAAGAACUCUACUUUAGGGACGAAGAAAGUUGCCUACAGCCGCCAACUAAUUCUUGAUCAGGAGGACGCCAAGCUAUUCAAGCAGGACGAGGAGAUCACUCUCAUGGCUUGGGGUAACGCAAUCGUUCGGAAGAUCAAUCGCUUCUCACUGGACUAUCGUUCCCCCGUUAUAGACAUCGAGCUCGAACUUCACCUCAAAGGUGAUGUCAAGAAGACUGAGAAAAAGAUCACAUGGCUCUCAACUGAGGGUCAAAGUCUCAUCCCAGCGGAGUUGGUGGAUUUCGAUUAUCUACUGACAAAGGACAAGCUAGACGAAGAUGAUAACUGGGAAGAUUUCUUAACCGAGGAGACCGAGUUUUGGACUGCCGCCUUUUGUGAUGCUAACUUGGCCACUUGCAGGAUGGGUGACAUCAUCCAGCUUGAGCGGAAGGGCUAUUUCAGAGUUGACGCGCCGUACAAGGAUGGCAAGGCGGCAGUGCUAUUCAACAUUCCCAUCGGAAAGACUGGGUAUUUGACUAGCUGUCUACGUUUAUCACAUGGUUAAAUGGCAAUUUAUCUGGCCUCGAACUACAUCUGCGCCAACAGCGAUAGACCGGUCCUCGUAUCGAACAUUACCUGCUCUGGCCUGUUCAGUGUUAGUUAUAACCUAGGCUUCCGUCUUUGCAUGGUCGUUCCUUCUCUCUAGAGCCGGUCGUUCUUUCUUUACUCGGUUGUUCCUUUCCUUAUUGAAAUAUUCGUUCUUUCUUUAUAUAAUGGGG